CUCACUCACUCUGCUGAUGGCCAUGGAAGUUAAAGAACAACAAGAAGAAGGUAGAAUAAGCUUAUUACCGGAUGGUUUGAUUAUCAAUGAAAUCCUAUCUCGUUUAGAAUCCACAAAAGAAGCCAUCAAAACAGGUACCCUCUCCAAACGUUGGCAACAUCUUUGGCCUUGUGUUCCUUGUCUUGUUUUUUCUACUGAUGAUUAUUUUAAAAAAUCAGUAAAAACAUUCUCUCCUUCAGAUAUAAUUUCUUACUUUAAACCGUUAUCCGAUUUCUAUAUCUCUGUUGAUAAAACCUUAACUCAAUGUCAAUUAAAGAAGCUCACUAAAUUCACCCUACAUACCAAUUACCUUUUCGUUUUUGAGAAUCAAAUCAAUACAUGGAUUCGUUUCGCGACUACUCGUAAAGUCGAACAACUUCACUUGGAAUUUACAUGUUUAAACAAAAAAGAUCAGUUUGUAUUGAAAGAGGACUCGUUUUACAUCAACUCCCAUUUCACACAUUUUUAUUUAAAAGAUUGCGUAAUUAAUCCUAACGGGCCAAUUUGUUGGAACAACCUUAGUCAUUUAACUAUUUCACAUGUGAAAUUAGACCAUGAUUUGAUUGCAAAUAUACUAUAUGGGAGUCGUGUAUUGGACACUUUGAGGUUGGAAUGUUGUUAUGGUUUUACGUUGCUCGAUAUUGGUUCCAAGAGUGUUAAGAAGUUGGUGUUCGAUGGAUAUGAUGAAGUUAAAUCGUUUGACCGUGUUAUUGAAAUCAACGCUCCUUAUAUUAUAUCACUAAGCAUCGUUGGUUGUUUGUCUUUAUCAAAGAUUUUGCUGCGAAAUGUGUCUUCUUUAGUCAAAGCUGAGUUAGAUUUUACCAAGUUCGGGCAUGAAAGGAAGACACGUAAAGACGAGAAUGAAGAAAUGCUUAAAAGGUUUAUACUAAGCCUUCACCAUGUCAAAGAGCUAAUAUUGGGAAGUGAUUGUUAUAAGGCUUACUCUGGUUUGGAAGUUAAAGGUUUCAUUUUUCCACCCGUCGAACAUGAAAUUAUUCAUCCUCUUUACGGUAGUGAUUCGACGGAGCUAAGUGAUUGCUCUGAUAAUGACUCAUCUGUUGGUGACUCAUCCCGGUCGAUUUACAGUCCAGUGCCCCUACGUCGGGACAGGUGCAAGCAACUCAGCUGGUUUGUAAAAUACUGCUGUUUGGUGUUUGCUAUACUCCUGAUAUCCUAUGGGUUGUACGAUAUUCUGAUAUCCUAUGGUUUGUAAAACACCGCUGUUGGUGUUUGCUAUACUCCUAAUUAUCUGUAAUUAUUUAGGUUAUCGUAUGAUUAUAUUGUAUAUUAUAUAUACAUA